UUGAGGAUCCACCACAGUCUGAUUUUCUUAGUGUGAGUGGCCUGGGCAUUGGUGAAACUAGAAACUGGGGGAAGAUUGGUAUUGUUGUAAUCAAAGGAGAGAAUUUUCUUAAAGUUGCUCUAGUGCGCAGCAUGCUAAGUGCCCAGGAGAUGAUGGCUGUGUUCUGGUCAGUCUGUUUUGUUUGUUGUUGGGUUGUAGCAAUGUUGAACUCGUGGUUGUGUCUCAUGGAUAAGAACGUUCCUUGUUGGGGGUCGAAAGGUUGUUGUUGGGAUGAUGAUGUACUGGAUUCAUAUGCUUGUUUGGUUGUAGUGGGGUCGUCUUGUCUAUUAACUAUUUCGGUUUGGGUUGCUGUAUAUUGGUCGAGAUCGACAACUAGUGUUGAUGUGAGAUCGACUAAUUCACUAGUAGUUUGGGAGAUGUAUUUAUUAUAG